CUUCUGGAUUGGGGAGUAGCGAGGUCUCCGGGAAUAAGGUACAAAUAAGCAUAAGAUGGCUACGAAUGUAAGUCUGGACCCCAAUAACCCUGAUGACAAGUGCAGUCGCUAUGAAGUUUUGUCCUGGAUCAACGAAACAUUACAGACUAAUUUUACUCAAGUGGAGCAAUGUCGUUCAGGUGCGUGUUUUUGCCAGCUUAUGGACUUGCUCUUCCCAGGAUCCAUCGACAUGAGCAAAGUAAAGUUUGAGUCCCAAAAGAGGUCUGAUUUUAUUCAGAACUACAGUCUUCUGCAGACAGCUUUCCGGAAAUCAGGUGUAAAAGAGCCGGUCCCUGUGAAGCAGCUUCUCACAGGAAAGUUUAGAGCCAAUUUCACCUUUCUGAAAUGGUUCAAGAAAUUUUUCUUUGUCAAUGAGAGGCGAGGGAAAGAGUACAACCCAGUUGAAGCUCGUAAUGGUCAGGAUAUUGUACAAGUAGAUGACCCUGUUAAGUCUCCAAAAUCCUGGAAAAUUCCACGUGAAUCUGGCAGAGUAAGAGACGAGUCUGACAAAGACAUGGAAUUGAAUGGAAGGAGGCGACCUGUGACCUAUGAUCCUAAAUGGCAAAGAACCUUCAAAUGGAUCAGAGCCAGCCAUAUGGGAAACAACUGUGCUUACUGCACAUUGUGUGACAUCAAUAUCGUUCUACACGCAGGUUUUUUCGAUCUUAAGCAACACCAGCAGGCUGAGAAGCAUAUGACGCAUGAGAUGGGAGGAUUAAAUUCAUCUAGUAGAAAGCUGAUAGAAAACUCUAUUUCCUAUAGUGAAACCAUGCUGCUUUUCAUUCAAAACCAUUGCCUUUCCAGUUUACCCUCAAGGAUAAACAAGGUCUCCCAGCGUACUGCAAGCUACAUCCUCGGCCUAAAUUAUCCAAAUGAUAUUGUUUCUGCUUGUAAGAUCAAUCCGUACUGUAUCUACAUAUACGGGCAGGUGCCACUUGAUGCAGAGAACAUAAAAAGGAGCUCCUGCCAUGCAGUGCUAGUCGGCUUUUUUGAGGAAAAGCGAUCAAGAUAUUGUAUCCGUCUCCUUGAUGUCUUUCAGGCUGAAGAUGGUAGCUCUGUAUCUGGAUGUUUACUCGAUGUCCUCCAAAAGUUUGAGCUUCCUGCUGGCAACAUGGUAGCUCUUUAUGUUAAUGACCAGGAACAGACCUCAGGAAGUGUUGUGUCGCAGAUUCAGGAGCUCAACCCACAGGUGAUUGAUCUUGGUGGACUUUACAGCGUACCUGACUCUGCCUGCAAUGCUGGCCUACAGGCUCACUCCAGUCAGGUUCAGGAGCUUAUUGCCAACAUCUAUGAACACUUCUCAACUUGUUCCACCAGCAACGACAACCUCAAGAUGCUGUUUGCGGGCAUUGAUGAACUAAAAGACCCCAGCACUCCCCUCUCACACAGUUGUGAGGAGUUUUGUGUGCUUGUUCAAAGGAUGCUUGGAAUGUGGAGUGAUUUGGUAUCAUACUUCAUUUCCUGCGAUGAAAAUAAUGAUAAAGCUAAGCAAAUUUGUUCGCAGCUGGAGAAUCCUAAAAUUAGAAUCACCUUGAUGUUUCUGGAUCAUGCUCUUGGACCACUCCGUGCCUUCGAGCAGCACCUGCAACAAAGCAAAGGCUCCGUUCGUGCUGAUCUUGUCCAGGUCCUUCGAGAAGCAAGUGGGCUCCUACGUUCGUAUGCCUCCAGCUUUCUUCGCCCUCAAGCGGUUAUACGCUACCUGAAGGAACGAGACCCAGCCAUCCUGGAGAACUCAACAUUCUGCCUUCCUGCUACUGAGCUCAGUCUAGGUGGUGUGGUAGAAGACUUCAUCUCCGCCAGAGAAGAAGAACUAGCAGAUUACCUGAACGUGUUUCAUGAGGAGUGUUUAGCUUUCUACAAAACUCUUACGACCUCCAUUGCUGACAGUCUACCUCUGAGCGAUAGUGUCCUGAGGGGCAUUUCACAACUCCUCAGCCCGGCAGGAAGAUUAAAGGUCACAGGAAAGAAUAUAGUUGACCUUGCAGUACAAUUUGGCAUCUGCUCCAAACCUGAGGAUUCUGCUAAGCUCACAGAUGAGUUCUUGGAGUACCAGCUUGUAGAGGAUGAAGAAGACACAUCAUCAACCCUUACUCUGGAACGAUACUGGUGUAAUGUGCUCAAGUCUUUUCCACCAGAAUCUAUCUUCAAGAGACUUGUCCUCUGUUUUUUGGUUUUGCCCUGUCCAUCUCUUGUAGCAGAAAAGAUCUUUGCACAGUCUGUUGAAAAUGGGGAUGCUGCUCAUUGGGAUGAUAGUUCCGGUGAAAGUGACACAGAUUUGGCGAAAGAUCUGGAUUCCAAUGAUGACUCUUCUUUAGAGCACACUGAAGGCAAGAUUUCACCUACCAGAAAUGGGAGACGGAAAAAAAACAGAAGCAGCACAUCAGAGAUGGUUCAACACUCAAACACAGUGAAGCCAUGUGUGGUGCAACUGGAGAAGAUCACCAGUCAGAGAGAAAUGGACUUAAGGAAAGAUGGAGCUGAUGAUGAUAUCUGCACAAGUAGCACGUUACAUGAGGUUAAGAACAAUGCUUGUUCAUCUGCAUCAAGUUCGACCCUGAGCCCCAGACCUGGAAAGAGAGAACAACCGUACCAUGAUGGAAAAGGUUAUGCCGUUGGAGAGCUUGUGUGGGGAAAAGUAAAGGGCUUCUCUUGGUGGCCUGGACUGGUGGUGGCAUGGAAGGGCAGGAUGCUUCCUGUGUCUAUGAGGCGCGUGGAGUGGUUUGGAGAUGGCAUGUUUUCAGAGAUUCAUACAGAGGGACUGCUGCCCUUCGCUGCUUUUGCAAAGUGCUUUUUUAGUAAAUCCUAUGAAGGUCUGCCUACCUACAAGAAUGCCAUCUACCAAAUCCUAGAGUUGGCAGCGGAGCGCUGUGGGAAGACUUUCUCCCCCUCUGAGAAGAAAGGGGAAGAGGUGAAGGCUAUGCUGGAUUGGGCAUUUGGAGGCUUCCAGCCCAUGGGUCCUGAUGGCUUUUUGCCUCUUGUGGACAGCUCUACCAGUAAUAAAACUGAGUCUGAUUCAUCGGUGUCUGAUUAUCAGCCUCCAGCCAAGAGGAAGUAUGUCAACAAGAACAGACAGUCAACUCAGGAUUACACCAGAGAUCAAAUGGUCAAUGAGGUAACCGUUAAAGGCAGAAACAUUGAAGAUUUCUGCCUGUCCUGUGGAACUGGCAACAUUGAAAUGUUCCAUCCUCUUUUUAAGGGAAGCCUUUGUUUUAAGUGCAAGGAGAACUUUACAGAGACGCUGUACAGGUAUGAUGACGAUGGCUAUCAGUCGUACUGCACCAUCUGCUGUGCUGGACAAGAGGUCAUUCUUUGUGGAAACGCCAGCUGCUGCAGGUGUUUCUGUAAAGACUGUUUGAAUGUGUUGGUUGGACCAGGGACAUUCGAUAAGCUGAAGGAUGUUGACCCAUGGAGCUGUUACAUUUGCCUGCCCUCUAAGUGCUACGGCGUGCUCAAGCUCAGGUCUGACUGGAGAGUUCGUGUCCAGGAGUAUUUCGCCAAUAACAGUGCCUUUGAAUUUGAGCCACACAGAGUGUAUCCUUCAAUUCCAGCUCAUCAGCGUCGUCCAAUCAGAGUCCUCUCCCUGUUUGAUGGGAUUGCAACAGGCUAUCUGGUUUUAAAAGACCUGGGUUUUAAGGUGGAGCGCUACAUUGCCUCUGAGAUCUGUGAAGACUCCAUUGCUGUUGGGAUGAUUAAACAUGAGGGCCUGAUUGAAUAUGUAAAAGAUGUGCGCACCAUCACAAGGAAACAUCUGGCUGAGUGGGGGCCCUUUGACCUCUUGAUUGGUGGAAGUCCCUGUAAUGACCUGUCCAUGGUGAAUCCAGCCAGAAAAGGUCUUUUUGAAGGCACAGGUCGACUGUUCUUUGAAUAUUACCGCAUGUUAACCAUGAUGAGGCCAAGAGAGGAUGAUGAUCGCCCCUUUUUCUGGCUCUUUGAGAAUGUAGUAGCCAUGAGUGCCCACGACAAGGCUGAUAUCUGUCGUUUCCUGGAGUGUAAUCCUGUGAUGAUUGAUGCUGUGAAAGUAAGCCCAGCCCACAGGGCCCGUUACUUCUGGGGAAAUUUACCUGGAAUGAACCGACCACUUGCUACGUCACUCACUGAUAAAGCAGAUCUGCAGGACUGCCUGGAGGUCGGACGAACUGCAAUGUUCAACAAAGUUCGCACUAUCACCACCAAGUCCAAUUCCAUCAAACAAGGGAAGAUGGGACCUCUGCCAGUCACCAUGAAUGGAAAAGAGGACUAUCUUUGGUGCACUGAAAUGGAGAGAAUAUUUGGGUUCCCAAAGCAUUACACAGAUGUGAAUAAUAUGGGGCGGGGACAGAGGCAAAAGUUGCUUGGGCGGUCCUGGAGCGUUCCCGUGAUCCGACACCUCUUUGCCCCGCUAAAGGAUUACUUUGCUUGCGAGUAAAACCACCGUCUGGUCCAGGCAGCACUGGCACUGGAGGUCCAAAUCGAGUCUCUCAGAUAUAUGAAAUUGAUGAUUUUUUUCCCCCUGCAGAUUCUGACUUCACAGAAUAUUUUCCAAUUUUAAUGUUGCAUUUGUUCUAAACGUUCAGAAAGCAUGUUAUCCUGAUGAUUUAUCCUUGGAAUGCACAGACACUUUUGGAUUGGAUUUUGAACAUCUUAAGUACUGUCGUUUUUAACUUGUAUACUUUUAAGUCAUUUUAAUGCUGGAGAGAGCCACACGAUACUCCAUCCACUACCUCAGUGCCAUUCUGUGAUUGGUUCAUUGUCUGGAGGAAUGCCGCUUUAACUUAUUCAUUAAAUUAUAAAUAGGCAUAAUGUUAGUUUGGUUUAGUUUCAGUUUUAACCUUUUGUCAGCUUUUUAUAUCACAUUUUUACAUUAAAUAUUUUCCUUGUUUAGGAAUAAAUAUGUCCUGUUGUUAAAUAUUGCAUAGUUUCAUAAUUUUUAAAAUGAUGAUUGGUAAUGUUGUCAUUCCAUGGUGCUGUUUUGUAAUACAGAAUGUUUGGUCAUCAUAAUAACUGUACUAAGUCAACACUUUCACAAUGUUUUCCUAUUUAGCAGCAUCUAUUUAAUUGAAAAGAGUGUUAAUAUACAGUACACCGGAGAUGACUUGGGUUUCAAUUAAACAGCGUUUUGUUUGUAGGAAUACAUGCAAUCUUGUAGUGCUCCAUGUAUUUAGAAGCACAAAUGUUGUCUGUGCCAUUAUAUUUUAAUAAUUGACAGAUGUGAGUUGACAGUAGCCUUCUUAAGCUUUUCCUUUAAAAAAAAAAAAAAAAAAAAAGGUAAUCUUGAUUAUUUUUUAUCAAUUUGCAGAGCAACGUUGCUUACUUUUUUGCCUUGAGCUAGCAUUUUAGACCAUACUGUCAUCAUUUUACAACAGACAGGUCAUCAACCCUUUUUCCAUUUUGCCCCAUUUUGCCCCAUUUGUUACCUGUAUGCACUUCUGAUUUGAACCUGUUGGCUGAAACUGGCCACUGCAGCACUGAUUUGUGCUGUUUUUGGUGAGGAUUUAGCAUACCACAAUAUCUAAGUCACUGUGUUAACUUUGAAGCCUUUUUGUACAACAUGGUGCAGUGUGAUCAAGGGCUUAAACUGAUUAAGUGCCUACACAUUGAUAUGCUAAAUUAUGUAAAAAAAAAAAAUGUUGAGCUGAUUGUAACUGGCAUGACCUUAGAUGACUUUAAAGGGAAGAAUUUUGGCUACUUUGCAUUUGUCUAGUGCAAGUGACCAAAUUGUAUCUUACUUUUGAAAUGUCUCCGAAUACAUUUCGUUAUCAGUUGUGGUCCACUGUCGGUGUGAAAUUAGGUGCUUAAUAAUGUGUGUAUAAAUAGUGUUUUCUUUGUAGUUGUUUAGCAUGUGUGUUUUCAGCAUUAUGCAGAUCAUGGUGAUGUGUGGUUCUGACUUUGUCACAGGUCAAAUCUAGGGUGACCAUACAUCCUCUUUUUCCUGGACAUAUUCUCGCUGGGUUUCUAAAUUGUCCAGGCUUUGGCUUUGUUUUCCUAUUGACAUGCUGUCUAGUCCUCAUGCAUUUUAUGUACACGUAUUUGCAUUGUUUUGACCAUACUCCGUAGAUCCCUGCUUCUUGUAUGCCACGACUAAUCGAUUAUGUACAAUGCCUGCGUGCUAUUGGUCUGAUUUCUUUUCAGUCAUUACCUUCAGCAAGUA